AUGGGGGUUUUCAGGGCAUCGCCGUUGUUUCUCUUGCUUGCCCUCCUCGCGAUCUGUAUUGCGGCGGUGCCGGCGGAGAGGUCGGAGGAGGAGAUUAAGCUGCUGUACGAGGGAUGGCUUGUGAAACACGGCAAGUCUUACAAUGGACUCGGCGAGAAGGACCGGCGAUUCGAGAUCUUCAAGGAUAACCUUCGCUACAUUGACGAGCACAACCACGCAGAGAACCAGCACUCGUUCCAACUCGGCCUCAACCGAUUUGCCGACCUCACCAACGAGGAGUUCCGCUCCAUGUACCUCGGGGUGAAGCCUGGCGAACUGCGGCCGAAGAGGCUGAAUCGGGCACCGAGCGAUCGGUACCGCCUAGCCGAGGGUGAGGACCUGCCGGAGGCGGUGGACUGGAGAGAAAAACGGGCCGUCGCCGCCGUCAAAGAUCAGGGAAGCUGCGGUGAGUCGAUUCCUUCCCAUUCCUUUCAAACCCUAGUACCCUAGUUGCUUCCUUCCCCAGGACGAUUCUGGAAAGGUAAUCGUGGAGAACAUCCAAUGAUCUUUCUAUCCCCGUAGUUUCGUCCGUUGCUCUCGCCUGCUUUUAAUCGCCCAAAGUUCUAGUUGUUUUCAUGCUUUUAAUACUCGGCCAUUCUCUAUUGCUCAUGUACCGGUCCUUGUCCACAGCCUCCGGGCCUGUUACUUCAGCAGAAAAUUAGAUAGUGAUGAUGACAGGUUUGAUGCUCCAAGUGGCUGUAAAUCUGUUGUCACUAUUUCCUUUGGUUCCUCUCUCUAUCUUGGUAGUUGUGACAUUUAACUAGCUGCUCCGAAAUUAUAGAUUCUUGACUCCUGAUGUUGAUCUUCAUCAAUUUUUUUCCCUGAACCUCAUGGGGAAUGAAUGGAGACAUGUCCAUUAUUUUCCCUUUUUUUUUUUUUUUUCACUGUAAACUGCUCUUUGGCAUCCUUGAUGUACGAUUUUGUCCUUCUGUCACCGUAUUCCCUGCAUCUGUUAGGGAUGACCUCAAGGACAGACGACGGUCUGAAUCUGAAUCUGAUCCUCAAUCCUCAAUGUGUUCGUCUACGCCAUUUACUUCUGAUGCCGAAUGUCUUUCUAUCAAUCUCGAAUUUUGAAGGGAGCUGCUGGGCGUUCUCCACCGUCGCAUCUGUGGAGGGUGUGAACAAGAUCGUGACAGGUGACCUGAUCACCCUCUCUGAGCAGGAGCUUGUUGACUGCGACACUGCGGUCAACCAGGGCUGCAACGGGGGUCUAAUGGACUACGCCUUCGAGUUCAUCAUCAACAAUGGCGGCAUCGACUCCGAUGAGGAUUACCCUUACAAGGCCCGCAACGGGCGCUGCGACCUCCAGCGGGUAAUCAGUCAACCAGAACCCCGCUUUUGAAUCGUCCUCUCAGUCUCUCUCCCUUGCUUGCGAUGGGUAUCUCCUCAACCGUGUUCGUGUCCUGAGAUCUCUCAGAAGAAUGCCAAGGUGGUCUCCAUCGACUCCUACGAAGAUGUGCCGGUGAACGACGAACAGUCCCUCAAGAAGGCAGUUGCCGGCCAGCCCGUCAGCGUCGCCAUUGAAGCCGGCGGCAGGAACUUUCAGCUCUAUAAAUCCGUAAGAACACGAGAUCGAUAGAUUAAAUAACCCUGGAGAAAGAUGACCAAUCCGGAGGGACGCUGAUGAUCUCUUGACCAUUUGCCUCAGGGGAUAUUCACUGGAACGUGCGGCACCGAGCUGGACCAUGGCGUCGUCGCCGUCGGCUAUGGCACGGAGAACGGCACAGAUUUCUGGAUCGUGCGGAACUCGUGGGGAGGCAGCUGGGGGGAGGCCGGCUACAUCAGGCUCGAGAGGAACAUGGCCAACGCCACCACCGGCAAGUGUGGGAUUGCUAUUGAGCCCUCAUACCCGGUGAAGAAGGGCCAAAACCCCCCGAAGCCUGGGCCGUCCCCUCCAUCCCCGGUGAAGCCACCCACCGCCUGUGACAACUACUACUCCUGCCCGGAGAGCACCACCUGCUGCUGCGUGUACGAGUACAGCAACUACUGCUUCGCCUGGGGUUGCUGCCCCCUUGAUGGUGCCGUCUGCUGCGACGACCACUACAGCUGCUGCCCCCAUGAUUUCCCCGUCUGCAACGUCAAGGACCGCACCUGCCUCGCCGUAAGCGCAUCUAUUCUGCAUUGAAGAAGAGUAAACCCCCUUCCCAACUCUGCUGAGUCCACGUUUUUGUGCAGAGUAAGAACAGCCCUCUCGGGGUGAAGAUGGUGAAGCGCAUCCCGGCUAAGCCCCGCUGGACCAGCUCCGGCGGCGGCAGCAGCAGCUCCAUAUGA